GAUAGUUUGAGCAUGGACGAGCGUCCGUAUUUAUGUUCCAAAGGCCCAUGCCCCGAAGGAUGUUUGCAAUCAGUGGCUGCUUCGAGUAAGGAUCACCUUCAUGUGACAUUGACGUAACCUGGUGCAGCAUGUGUUGAAUCUUGUUGCCAGUUGAAAAGCCCGUCAACAUUGACACCGCUAGUCGCAGACGACCGGCUUGAACCUUUUGACCGACUCACAUUGAUUUAAUAUGACCUGGUAGGAUUGCAUUCGGCUGACAAUGCAGCAAAUUCAGCAAGGACAGCCGUAUAGUUCCGGUGCGAACCCCUCGGUGGACCUCCACAAAUUACUGAAAGAGAUCAAAGAACUUAAAGCGGGCUUACUGGGCGACAGCACCACUCAUGACAAUCCAACUUUUGAGGGACUACCGUGGGAAGCACACAGUACUAUGCAGAACUCAGACACGCUACAGCUCGACAACCAUAUGGAGGACCUUGAUGAAUCCCUUGAAGAUAUGGUUGCCAACGACGUUGGGCUCCAGUACAUCCUGAGCCCACAGGCUGAGGAGCAUGUGGUGAAAGCCAGAUUCCAAGGCGACAUGGACGGCUCACCAGCUCUCUGGGCUGGUCAGGCAUCCGCGGUAGAUAACAGCUUCAGUGAUGCUGCAUCAAUUUCUGGCCUGUCGACUGCCUCUACUCCAGCCGCCGUUCCCACGGCGCCCCACGACUCCAUACAGCGCCGCACGACUCGCAGUGCUGUGUUCCCGCCUGGUGCGGCGCCACUUACGCCUCAGCCGCCGUCAGCUCCAGGUGCUGCAGGUCAAAGCAAGACACCAGCGUCUGCAGCUUCGCAGCCAGCCAGCGCGGCACGGAAGAUUGGCAGUCGCAUCGCCCGCCCCGCCACGCACGCAACCCCAAGCCGCGCUUUUGCAUCCACAACCAGCCCUACAGCCGUGUCCACCGCAGCCUCCGUCCGCAGCUCAGCCAAUUUCGGCACGCCAGGCGCGUCAACUCCGGUAGCUGGCGCCGUACACUCUGCAUCCACAGUUACACCAUCGCAGUCCCGUACAGCACGUCAAAAGGUGACCACGGCUGUCAGCGCUAUUGGGGCGACUUCAAAUGUCAGUCGCACCGUGGCUCGCAGCACUGCCUGCACCCCGCCACCAGCGGGCACAAGCGCCUCCAAGCCGGCGGCCCCAGGCUGCGGAGCUGGAGCCAGCAGCAUGGCUCCCAGUGCGGGGCCCGGAAGCUGUGCCCGCAAACGUCCGCCGCAGAACGGACCCGAGGGCCAUGCCAUCACACCCGCACGCAAACUGGGGCCUGGGCUGGGCCCGGGAGCGGCCUCCGCCACGCCGACGCAUCCAGCUGCUGCGGCGUCGGUAGGGAAGUUCGGUCGGCCUCCAACCAACGCCACAGCAGCGAGCUCCAUCAAGUCGCCCACCAAGAUCACACAGGGGCCGGGCAUCGCCUCGCCACGUGCGUCGCGUAUCGGGCACCCGGCAGCUCCUGCCCCUGUCGCAGCCAUCUCUUCACCUGCGGGUAUGGGCGCUCCCUCGCCUAACGCAAAGCCCGUGCGGGUUGCCGCUGUCGCCGCUGCUGCGGUUGCUGAGGACCCCGAGGCGCAGGCGUCGCCUCCGUCUUUGACGCUGCCAACCAUUGGCGGGGGCGACACCCUGGUGGAUGAGUCGCUUGAGAGCUUGCUUGAGAACGACCCCGCGCUGAGCAGCUUCCUAGCGGCGGCGAAGCCGACCGACGCGGUCAUUAUUGACGGCGCCGCUGCAACAAGUGAGACGCUACAGCGGCGCACUUCGGACGAGCUGCUGCGACCCCUGGCGGCCGCCAUGGCCGGAGGACAGGCGCUCAACAGCUUGCUGGAUGGCGACGUGGACGCGGAGAUGAGCAUGCUGUUUGACGGCGGCGGCAGCCCCGACGAUCAUGUGGCUGACUGCAAUGGCGGGUCGCCUGUGGCCUUGGCCAUGCAUGGCGAUUUGGGUUCCGCGAUUAGCACUGCUGCUACGCCCAUGGACGAGGAGGUUGUGGAAAGCACGGCAGCGGCGACAAGCACAGCCGAGGCUGAGGCGGCAUUGCAGCAGGUGCAGACUCCAUCGCCUCAAGUGCAAGAGGUGUUCCAGAGUUCGUCGGCAGCCGAGACCACGCCUGGCGCUGCAAACACGGAUGCGGAAUCCCUUGGGUGCACUGCUCGCAAGGUGCGGGAGCUGCUGGGUCUGGAUCGGGUGGUCGGAGGAGAGGAGUGCCAGCAGAUGGACAGCGAGGAGCUCUGGCGUAACAUCACGGUCGAGGCCAGCACCAUGUUUGCGGGGCAACCGGAGGGGUACGACACGUCGGAGCCGGUAGAUCUGACACCCGUCGGCCAGUCGCCAUCUGCGGCGGAGGCGACGGUCACAUCUCCAGCCGCGGCCAUAGCCACACAACCUGCUGGUGAUGAACCGCUUGCGGAGGCGAUGUUGACUAGGACCAUGGACGAUGACGAUGCCAUGCACGCAGUACUGGCCGCAGAAGCGGCGGCGGCCGCCAUUGCGAUGUCCGCCGGCCCGAGCGCGCUAACCGAGGACACAGCAGCCCAGCGAGAAGUAACGACAGCGGCGACGGCGGCGGCAGACACUGACAGUGAGACGCGACUCCGGAAGCAGAGCAGCAGUCUCUCUUCGUUCGGCUUUGACGCGGCUGUGGCGUUUGAGGCUACCGCGCUUAGCAGGCAGCUGGCAGGCGGGGCUUCGAGUGGGGCGCGCAGCAGGAGCAGCUUCCGCGUGGGUGUCUACCCGGCUGUGGAAGAGGCCGGUGAUGAGCAUGAGGAGGGCCCCAACUCGCCAUCGGUUGUGGCGCCAGCCGAUGCUGCUCCCCCUGAGGUGCUGCAGGCGGAUGCAGCCGCGUCCGUGGAGGCUGUUGAGGAUGUGGGUCAGGCUCCUUUGGUGGCUGCGGCGGAGGGCGACGUGGCGGGGGGGAUGCCCGAGGAGGCUAUGGAAACUGAUAUGCCAUCGCAUGAGGUCGACGUUAGCUGCGACGGCCCCGGCAAGGCGACCAGCGGCGUCAUGGAGGUCCUGCAAGAGCCGCCGAUGGAGCUGGAGCCCCCUGCCGAGUCCGCACCCGUUGCCAAGGAGGACGGCAGCGGGUCUGUUGCAGGCGCUGAUGAGGAGCUACCAACCGCUGAUGACGCCGAAGCCUGCCAGUUGCCAGAAGCGGUAGCGCCUGCUACGAGUGAGGGCCCUUGCAACGCUUCGGACGACUCCGGCACAUCCGGCACGAGCAGCGGGCCCGUCAGCGCUCAGCAGCCCGUACGGGCCGAGGAGCUCCGGCGCAAGACCCCAGCAGGCGCGGGUGCCGCCUUGCUGGCUGCUGCCGCUGCCGAGUCGGCAGCGUUGGCAACUCCAGGUUCACCGGAGCCGCAGCCGGCCAAGUACGCCCGUAUCUCCGCCGCCGUAACUGAAACCCCGGCGGCAGCCGAGGCCAGCGCCUCGGAUACGCCUGCACCUGUGCCCGCAGCGGAGGAAGAGGAAGCCAGCGCUGACCUUGCAUGCGCGCCGCUGGAGGAGCCGUCGUCGGCCAUGGACUUGGAGGGGGGCCCCGACGGCGGCGACGACACAACUGCGUUAGAUGAGGCGGAGAUCUUGAUGGCGGUUGAGGAGGAGGAUACGGCCGGUGCCACGGGGGAGCCACGUUCGGAGGCAGCCGGUUCAACUGUUGCUGCUGUGCUGGACUGCUUGAAUGCGGACGUGGAGGAAACGGAAGCCGAUGCGCCAGCCGCCGAUCCAGGCCAUGCGGCCGAAGAUGGUAAUGGGCUGUCCACCUCACUGGUUGCCUCACGGGCGUCCUCCAACGUGUCGGCAUUUGCGUCGCCUGGCGCGGUGGUGAUGGCGACGCAGGCGGCGACCCAAAGUUGCAUGGGCGAGACGGCUGCGGCUGACAACGGGUUGGUGCCCAUCGCCACCGGCGCGCUGCUUUCCGACGUGUUCACCCUCGCCAUUGAGGACGGCAUUCCGGAGCCGCCGCAGCCGGCACCACAGGUUGCUGAGCAGCAGCAGCCCCUCGACCCAAGUCCCGCUGCUCCAGCGGAUGCAACCCCCGGUGGCGACGUUGUCAUGGUUGAUGACAGCAUCGCUGCAGCGGCCGCUGAUAGCAGCGAGCAGGCAUCGCCUGAGCCUGCUGCUGGAGACGGUCCCGAAGCCGCCGGUGCUGGCAUGCCGGUGGACACGCCAGCGGAUGCUGCUGAUGGCAUGCCGGAGUCGCCAGCGGCAGCGGCUGCCUCCGUUGCUGAUGUGCCCGAGCAGCCGGCAUCUACCACCGAGUCCGCUCUGCCGCCGGCGCCCCUGCUUGUGUCUUCACACAGUGCUGAGCGUUCGCCCGUUCUUUCCCAGUCCCCCGCAGCCUCGCCGGCUCUGACGACGCCGGCUAUGGCGUCGUCAACGGCCACUGACAGCGGCUUGGAGCCGUCGGAGCAGCAGCCGCUGCUGCACGCCUGGCAGGUGCUUGCUCCUGCGGCAGGCGCCAGCGGCCAUGCAGCCGAUGCAGAAGGCGCGGCACCGGUAGUCCCGUCACGGUCAUCAUCGCGGUUGCUGCGCAGCUGCAGUAGCAGGCUUUGCCGGGUCACCACCUCCAAGGAUGAUGAGGAGGGCUCCGAGGCAACGCAGGCGGUCGCGGAGGGUGAUGAGCCGGGCACAGCAGCGGUCCUGGAGCCGAGCACAGCAGCGGCGCCGGAGCCGGGCGCAGCAGCCUCCAGUGGUGAUGAAGCUGGCCAGGACGCCAGUGGAUGCCAAGCCGCGGAGACGGAGGAGCUGCCUGUUGCCGCAUCGGAGGUGGAUGUUGCCGUAGAUAGCAUGGUGGUGACGGUGGAAGGAACGGCAGGGGAUGCCGCUGCGGGAGCUCCUGCUGGUUUCGGAAACGGCUUGGCGGCAGCGGUGGCGAAGAUCAUAGCUGGCGAUGACGAUGACAUGCCGGUCUCCGAUGCUGGACCUUCCAUGGUGCGGGAGGAGGAGGAGGAAGUCGCAGCGUCAGUUGCUCCCUUGGUGGUGGCGGCGGUGGCAGCGUCGUCGAGCGACGGGUCUGCGGUUGUGGAAUGUGCCGCGGUGCCUGACGCUGUCAAGGGCUACGAUGUUCCCUCUGGCAGCGACGAGGCGAUGGCGCAGAUUUCGCCUGUUGGUUCAGUGGACGCUGAGGCAGCAGCUGGCGCCGAGGGCGUAUGGCAGGGCAACCAGGAGCCAUCUUCCUUGGACGAUGCCAUGUCUACCGUUGACAACGCUGGCUGUCCGUCGGAGGCAGUGGAGGCCACAGGCGGCAUGGAGGUGGAAGCCGCCAUCACGACUGCAGCUGCGGCUGCCGGCGAAGUCGUUCAAGUCACGGAGACGGAGGCGGGUGCUCCUGGGAUGGACAGCAGCAACCGCCUGGAGGAGGCGCCGGUCGGGGACAGCGACCCGGCCGCAGCUGCUGAUACCCGCGAUGUCACCAUGGCAGAGGCAGCCGUCGAAGCAGCUGGCGAUGUCCUGUUGGGAACUCCUGCCACUAGUGUGGAAAGGCCCUCCGGUAUCAACGCCAACCUGGUUGCCCCGUCGAUACUGCAGGAGCUCCUCGGGGGCGUAGAGGCGGCAGGCGUGGAGGCGGCUGCUGUCGAGGCGAGGCUAGCUGCUGCUGCAGUGGAAGCUGAGGCAGCUAACACCGCAGCGGCUGACGAUGCUAUGGCCGAUGAGGCUAACACCGCAACGGCUGAUGCCGAUGCUCCGGCCGAUGAGGCUGUAGCACCUAGCGCAGCAGCGGCUGACGAUACCCCGGCCGAUGAGGCUGUAGCACCUAGCGCAGCAGCGACAGACGAUGCCCCGGCCGAUGAGGCUGUAGCACCUAGCGCAGCAGCGACAGACGAUGCCCCGGCCGAUGAGGCUGUAGCAUCUAGCGCAGCAGCGACAGACGAUACCCCGGCCGAUGAGGCUGUAGCACCUAGCGCAGCAGCGACAGACGAUGCUAUGGUAGAUGAGGCUGUAGCAGCUAGCGCCGCAACGGCUGACGAUGCUGUGGUAGAUGGGGCUGCAGCAGCUAACGCAGCGGCGAUGGACGAUGCCCCGCACGAUGAGGCAGGCGUGGCGGCUGCGGAGAGCUCUGGUGCGCCGGGGCCGGCUGAGGUGGCGAGCUCUGGCGCUGCUCCUAUGGACGGCUAUGUGCAGUCCGGGCCGCCCCCCUUAAUCCUGCCCACGCUCGUGUCAACCGGCGCUUGCAGCGUAGGAGUGGAACCCGCUGAGGAGCUGGUGCCUGCCUGGAAGGCCCUGCCAGGCAGCAACGCAAGCAGCCCUAGGAGCCCUGCCACCAGCGAUGCUGCCGGCCCUUCCCCCGGCUCUUCCCUAUCGCCCCUCGGCUGCCGGCGCUCCUUCAGGAACAUCCCUGUUUCCGCAGGCAGCAGCCGCCUCCGCCGCAGCACCUCCCACUCGUCGAUCAUGGGCCUGGGCGGUGAAGAGGACAAGGCCGCUGACUCGGGGAUGCAGGACGCAGAGCACUUGGAGCCCGCAUGGAAGGUCCUGGGGACUUCAUCUGCCGUAGCGGACACCCCUGAUGCGGUAGCGGCGGCCCGCAACACCCCGCUUGGCAAGCUGCCCAGCUUCCGGACGAGUCGAACAGGCAGCAGCCGCCUGUGCCGCGCGAGUCCCUUGGACGAUGACGGCGGCGAGGAGGGUGCCCCUGCAAGCGCGCCACAGGAGCUGGAGGAGGCGGCGGCCGCCCAACAGGAGCCGGAACGCGGCUUGGCUGCUUCAGCCAUGGUUGAGGACCGCAUGGAGGGGGAUGGCCCAGGAUGGCCGCACCCGGUGUUGGGAGCAUUGCAUGAGGAGGACGAAGGCCCCGAGGCGCAGAGGAUUGGCAGCUUGUCGUACUCCAUGCCUGGUGCUGACGUGCUGCAAUGUGCCGAUGGCCACCCUGCCCCAAGCGCUCAACCACGACUCGCAGGCACCAGUGAAGGCGGUGAUCGCAGCGGCCACGCCAGCUUCCGUCGCUCCUGCACGCUGGACCGCGGCGCCAGCAGCCACGGCGGCAGUCCAGAUCCCAUCCUUGCAGGCCUGCGCCGCUCCACUACAAUGGACCGAUCCGGUAGCUCCUCGCCGCAUGAGCUGCAUGGCAUCCUCCGCCGUUGCAGCACGAUGGAUCGGGGUGGCAGCCCGGGUUCCCGAGGUCAUGGUGCAACAUCGGAGAGCGGCGCACCCGCAGCCAUCCUGAUGGCGAGGCUUUCUAGCCGCCGCAUCACGGUGGACAGCAUGGGCACGGUGCCCCUGCCGCGUCGGUCGUCAGCUAAUGGCGGCGAUCCCAACGUCGACGCUCUGCGGCCGGCUUGGCAGGUGCUACCGCUCGCGUUAUCGCCAGGCAGUAGCACGCCCUGCGGAGGCGCUGCCGAGCCUGCAGGAGGCAGCGGUUGCGGCACUCCUGCCGGGCCUCCUUCCGCUGCCAACAUGAUUGCCAGUCUGCGCAGCAGCAGCCGGCUGAGCCGCAUGAGCAGCGGCAUUCCGGAGGAUCUGCUGGCGGAGUUGCGCGUGCAGGCGCAGGCAGCCGUCGGGCACCUGCAGGGUCCACACUACGGCCGGGACUACGGCGACGAUUUGUCUUCCGAGGAAGGCGGCGACGCAUCGGAUGACGACCCCCGUUCAUCAGCUGCGCACGGCAACCCCGCAGUGACCGGCGAUGGCGCUGGGGGCACGAUGCACGCAUGGAAGGUGCUGCCGCUGCGGGUGCCGCCGGCACCCUCGCACGAGCCGCAGGCCGGCAGUGGCGGCGGCAGCCCGCUGGGCAUGGGUUCGACGCCGCAACGCAGGUCUUCACUUGGAGGCCGACCUGCCUUGGUGGCAACACGCGCCACCAACGCCUCAAGCCGCCUGGCAGUGGCCUCUAACAAGCCGCCCGCGCUGCACGUCAACUUUGGAUCUCCGCCACCGUUGCACCCGGUGGCGUCAACGGUGGUGGAAGAGGAUGUUGCUGCGCCCGUUGCGGCCGACCGCCCAAGUGGUGAGCAGGAAGAGGCGCUCCCGCAAGCAUGGAAGCUGGUUGACUCCCCGGCGACAAGGGCAGCAGCGGAACCCCCUGCUGUGACGUUACCGUCACCUCUGCCUGAAGACGCAAGCACUGCAAGCCUUACGCAGCCCGUGCUGGGUCGCCGGCCGUCGCUCAAGCGAAGCAACAGCCUGGGCGGAAGCCGUCUAAGCCGCAGCAGCCUGUGCUCCGAGCCUGGGGAAGAUGCAGACCGCGAUGCCUUGUCUCCUGGCAGCGUUGCUCAACAUACGCCCCCAAGCAAGCUAGCCAGUCCAGGCGUUGCCGAGGCCGAGGCAGCUGGCAUUGCUGGCGAGAGCAGGUCCCCCUUGUCCAGCCCUCGCCUCAUGCGGCGCUCGCACUCGGACCGCUCCUCCUGGGCAACAGCCAUCGGCACAGAGGCGCCAGGUGCAGCAGAGGGCGCCAAUGUGGCAGGCGAGCGGCUUUCCCCAGGCCGCCACAGCCCGUCACGACCGCCCCUGCUGCGAGGGAACACCACUGGGUCUCUUUCAGUCCCGCCUGAGCUGUCGGACGAAGGCCACGCGAUGGGUGAAGCCACUCUCGCUCGCGCACUUGUCAGUCGUGGUUCAAUGCGCUCCGUGCGGAGCUCUGGCAGCCGCCUCAGCCGCAUGAGCAGCGCGCGGGACAUGGCUGACAGCGCUGCGGCUGCCUUGCAUGAGCUGGAUGACAUCAGGGAGGAGCGGACGACGCCUACGAGUGGCGAAAAUGGGCUCCCACUCACUGCUGCUGCCGAGGUGCAGGCGCCUGCAGCAGGCAGUGGCAGCGGGGGCGCUCAGGAGGCGGUUGACGACGGACAGCGACCGCAGCCAGUCGGCUCUGACGGCGCCGCCGGGGCCCAUUGUGCUUCGGAAGCCGCGGCUGCUGGCGUUGGGCAUGUCUUGGCUGAAACUCCAGGCUGUAAGCUCUCGCCUGGGUCAACGCGCCGUUCAUUCCGCAGUAACAGCGGCCGCAUGAGCCGUGUCAUGUCGCAGGCUUCAGACAUAGCGCUGGCGGAUAUCGUGGAGGAGGGCGCUGAGGGCGCCGCGGUGCCUGUCGUCACGCCAAAAUCGGGCCCCAUUGAUGGCCCCCGCUCCGACCACAGCGGGUCCCUGUUCACGGAUCGGUGUUCCCUGGGCCGUGCACCUCCUCCCGCGCCCAGCUCCGGGAAGGCACGCAUCGGCACUCCUGUCGCCAUGACGUUGCCCGGCGGGGCCGCCGCUGCUCACUCACAGUCGCCGGUGACCUCACCUACCGCGCUGGCUGCAGCAGCAGCAGCAGCAGCCACUGCCACAGUGGAUGCGGAUGCAGACGGCGCGCCGUUGCUGCCCGCAUGGAAGGUCCUGGCGCCGGUAGCCCCCAGCAGCAGCCCCAAGGACAGCGACCGCAUUGGCACAGCAAUCGACGCAGGCGACCAUGCCCCGCUUCCGGCCGCGGCACCAGGGUCGUCGCGGCAGGUGGCCAGCCGCAUGCAGCGGUCAAGCAGCCUGGGCAGCAGCCGCUUGAAACGCAUGACAAGCGGUGUGGAUGAGGCGGCUGCUGAUGCGGCGGUAGCAACAUCCCCAGCUACAGCGGCAGCCGGUAACGAUGCCACACCUGCAGCGGCGAGCGGUGCCGUGGGUCCCGAGCCGUCGGUGGCAGCUGCGGAACCAGAGGGCGCGGCAGAUGUGGCCGUGGCUUCAGCGACGGCGCCAGCUGCGGCAGAGGGUGCGGACAGCGGCUCGGCACCUGUCGGGAAUGCUGCUGCUUUGCCCGGUAAUGGUUCGGUCUCCACAGCCGGUCGCUCGAGUCUUACGCUUGCCAACAUGCCGAGUGCGCAAACAGACCAAGGCAGCCAGGCCGCCGGUGCCAUGCUAUCGGCGUCCUCGUUGCGGGCGGAUGCUGAGGCUCCCGCGGCACCAGCGGCGGCUCCCAAGGAGGAGGAGGAGGAGAAGGCGCAGCCGCCGGAGGAGAGCAGCCCACGGGAGAGUGCGGCAAAGGCAGAGGACGCGGCGGCUGCCGAAGCCGAUACAGCCAAGGAUCAGGCGCCGACGUGUGGCCCGGAUGUGACGGCCGAUAGUCCGGUUUCGAAGGAAAAGCGGAGUCGGCCGGCGCCUAAGAGCGGAGGUUUCUUAUCGUGUUUCUCGUGCUUCGGGAAGCCUGCUGCGGAUGCCUAGAGCGGAUGAAGGGUUGUGCGUGCUUGUGCGCCGGCACGUGGGGAGGCAGGGGCUUUUGAGAUGAUGGGUUUGUUAGGGGGCUUGUAUGUGGACUUCCAGUAACUAAACGCAUGUUUUGUUUGGCUUGUGCUUUGAAUACAUAACUGCUCGACAUCUUAGACAACCCAUACAGACACAGCACUUGCACUCGGCGGCGGUGAUUUUGCAACUAGUACAUGACAUUUUAGCCUGGCUUGGAUGGAUGGAGAACUCGAUGACGUCGUUUGUUUGUGCGCCCGAAGUAUGGUAUGUUGAUGGCAGGAAACUGUUAGUGGGCCUUGCAGCUCGGGGGGAAGCGAGCAGGGUCAAUCCAUGAUACUGUCCGCGCUUAAUGAUCUAGGGCUUUCGUUAUCCGGAAGCCAAAUGCGGGUUUGCGUGCAGCCGACUACAAAUUCCGGUGGCCUGAUGAGCAUGCGGGGUCCGGGUUUGCGGAAUAUCAUGAGCAUAUCGCAUGGAGUUGUACCAUGCGGAACCUGCUGGGCUUUAACAUCGUGUUGUAGACGAGGGAUGUGCCUCAUUGACGGGGAUGGAGGUGCUACUGCCCUGCCAAUUUUUGCUUCCAUGGUAUCGUUGAGGGAUCAACAUUUCGUAAAUUGAGUUCUUAUGGUACUCGAAAUGCGUGUAUGGUGCCGUGUAGCGGUAUGCGUUGUCCAUGCCUUCGCAUGGCUUGCUUGUAAACGGACAGGAAGCACUAGCGUGUAGGUAUUCUUCCCUUCUAAUCGCAGCUUGACUGCACAUACAUCUUACGCAUCGGACUCUUCCCA